GCUAAACAACUCAAUCGCGCUGCGAGACCUCCAGACAUGCAUCAGUGCGUCUUUACAUUGACCUAACAUUGAAAUCACUCGCGCUUGGCGUCUCUACCGCAGCUGAUGUGAAUGCUUCAUAAAGGUUCCAGACUGUCAAAACAAAAAGGGGGAUCUUUGGAAAAAGACACACCUGAAAUAUCACAACAACAACAACAUAGCAAUGUGCUACAUUGUAGUCCACUCAUAACACUGCAAAUGUGCCUUUUGUAUUGAAACGCCAUAGCAACCAGCCACAUCACCCUAGCAUCAUUCUUGGACAAUUUACAAAUGUAGUAUGUAAAGGUUAGAAAGAAAUGUUUCUUUUAAGAACCUUUGACUGUUUGGUUCCUUGGAGAACAAAAUUUUUUUCUUCCUUACCACUGUGAAGUAUGCCUUUCAGCACCUUUAUGAUUUUAAAGGUUGUUGACUACAGCUCCAUAAAGGUCAGCGAGAGAACAAGAACCAGAUCAGGACACACCGGGAGCGACUCCACCCAGACGAAGAAAAUCAAAGCAGCAGGAGGGGGUUAUGAAGGAAUGAAACAUUAAGAUUAGGAGCUCAGGAAAUCUCCGGUUCUGUCUGCCUUUCUCCCAACCUCUGCACCUCCUUCUGAGCCCCUCCUCUCUGGUGUUGAUUUGAAUGUCUCUCUAAAUAGAGCACUCUCCCCCCUUGAGCUCUCAUUUCUGAUCUGUUAACAUGCUCAUCUGAUACCACAGGUGACAGGUGAUUUACCUGCUGCUGUCUGGAUACAUCUGCACACCUGAGCUAGAGAGAAAAAAAGAGUUGAACUCUCAAGACUUUGGUUAAAGGGGCUCUGAAACUGAUGACUGUUGAAGUGAUUGUGGAGGUUUUUUUGGGAAGCAGUACAGAAGAACCCCAUAAAUAAGAUGUUACACUCUUCAUAUUUAUUUGUGAACUGAUGGCUCUUUGAUUUUCAUCAAAUCAAACAAUGAGGGACGCUAUCCAUUCCGGACAAUUUAGGAAACGGGACAUGAAGACAUCUUGAGCGCAUUCUGCACUUUACUCACUGGACCAUCUUAAAGUUCAUUUCACUGAUAUUGAGGUGGACCAAAAUUUGACAAAUUUCAUUUUUGAGAAUUGACGGCUAAUGGAAGGUCAAAUGAAGUUGGUGCCAUCCUGGUUAUUUCCAAUACAAUGGUGUCUGAUUCUUCUUCCACUGACGGGAAGUGUGACUGUUGUGCCAUGGAAACCAUGUACAGAUCUUCAUCCUUUGGACCUGCUCUCUCGCGUACUGCCUCGUAAUGAAAAGGCUCUGGCCGGGGUCCGAAUGGUGCAGACUGGAGGUUCUCGCGGACUGCAGAUCCUCAGUCCUACCCGGGAUCUCACUUUUCCAUCCUCUCAGCUCUUCAUUCACUGCCCUUUCUUCCCUGCAGAAUUCUCCAUAGUUGCCACUGUUAAAGUUCCUCAAACCAGAGUGAAGAGGAAUGAGUAUUUAUUCGCUGUGGUGAAGGAGGAUGUCAAUCAACUCCUUCUUGGUUUGCGUUUCUCUAAAGACAAAGUUCAUCUGCUUUAUCAGGGCUCAAUGGGAAGGGAACGUCUCAGUUUUAAAAGAAUCAGGCUGGCUGACAACCUCUGGCACAGUAUAGUGAUAGCUGUCAGUGGGUAUCAUGCCACACUGACACUGGAUUGUGGAAUCCCACUGGAACUGAUUCACAGACAACCAUUCCCAUCUGACCUCAACAUCGAAGGGUCCAGGUUUCACAUUGGCAGUCGAAAGCAACAGAAAGGCCUGUUCUCUGGUUUAUUGCGGCAGGUCGUCCUGUUGCCUGGAUCAGAUGCGACAUCACGUGUGUGCCCCUCAUCCAGACCUACACUGAUCGAGCUUUCGAUACCUACGAUUCUGUCACACUUGCCAAUGAAAUCCCUAAUGAAUGAAGUUCUCCUCCCUCCAUAUGAGACUGAGAUCCGUGUGACUCUGGGGUCUAACCCAGCAUGCACUGGGGCAGAGCAGGGGCGACUCUGGUUUGACACUCUUAAAAGGGGCCUUUUCAUAUGUGAUGGUGCACACUGGCAUUCUAUGUUACAAGAGAAAGACAGGUUAGAUUAUGUCGAUGAUUAUCAAGACCUCUACACCAGCUCAGAGACGCUGGACAUUGAGCUUUUCCAGAUCCCCUCUGUUGGGCUGUUUGCUGCGAUGGCUCACAGGGCCACCAAACCAGGUUCUGCCAUUUAUCGCUGGGACGGCGGCCAUUUUCAGCUCUACCAAAACAUCAGCACUUUCAAGGCCCAGGCAUGGAAACAGUUCACAAUAGGCGGGAAGAUUUUCUUGGCAGUGUCGAACUCCGUGGGUCCAGCGGAAGGAGGACGAGAGAUGUCUGUGAUCUAUAGGUGGAGCAGCAAGAGGCUGAAAUUUGUGCAUUAUCAGACCCUGGAGACACACAGCGCUCGCGACUGGGAGGCUUUUCAUAUUGAUCACGAAUAUUUUUUAGCUGUGGCCAAUCACAGAACAGGGAACGGCAAUCACAACAUUGACAGUGUUGUUUACAAGUGGAACCCAGGCACCAAGAAGUUUGAAGUGAACCAAACCAUCCCUACAUCAGGAGCUUACGACUGGGAGUUUUUCGCCGUAGGGCCGUACAACUUCCUUGCAGUUGCCAAUGCUUUUGAUGGCACCUCCACCCAAAUAGAUUCAUCGAUUUAUAUUUGGCUUGGUGGAGCAUUUCAACUCUUUCAGAGUAUAAGGACAUUUGGGGCUACAGACUGGGAAAUGUUUCAGAUUGGAAACCGAGUCUUUCUAGCGGUUGCAAAUGGACACAUGCUGUGUGAGAGAGGACCGAGCCUCUAUACCAUCAACUCAACUAUAUACGAACUUGACAUGACAACCAAGAUGUUCCUCAAGUUUCAAGACAUUGUCACAUACAGUGCAGUGGAUUGGGAGUUCUUCUCAAUUGGAGAUGAACACUUCUUGGUGGUAGCCAACUCUUACGAUGGAGUGUCCUACUCUUUGAACAGUGUUAUUUACAGGUGGCAGGGAUAUGAGGGCUUUGUGCCUGUCCAUUGGCUGCCCACUAUUGGAUGCAGUGACUGGGAAUUUUUUACCUCAGCAGAAGGUUCAUAUCUGGUUUACUCCAGUGCUAAAGCACCUCUCUCCAAAGUCUUCAAGCUAAGGGUCCAUUAAGGGUGCAACCCAUUGUUCGGUUAUUGGUGAGAAGAAUAGUUAGAUGUUUGGCGAUGUCAGAAGUUAAUCAGACUGGAAACUGAAUGAAUGUGUAAUUGAUACUGUAGGGAAACUACCUCAUGUCCCUAAAAAGACUGUCAUGAUGCAAGGGGACUCUGUCACAUGUGUCCAAAUACCAUCAAUUUAGUUAAAAUGACAUUAUGGUUUAUCAAUUAUGGUUGUUUUAAGAAAUGAGCAUUAGUAUACUUUUGAA